ACUUAUAGAAACCCCACUUUUUCUUCUCCAUAUAUAUCUUCCGUUUUCUAUAUAUAUAUAUAUAUAUAUGCGUGUGUAUAUAAAUCCAUAAAUUAUUGCGACGUUUUGGUUUUGAACAAGUAAGAAAAACGUUAAAAGUAGAGAGAAGAGUAUGGGACGCCGAGAAGAAGAAGAAGAAGUGGUGGUGAUACGGAGCUACGAUCAUCGUACGGACAGAGUUCGAGUAGAAUGUCUCGAGAGAAGCUGUGAGAUCGGACACAACGACAAGAUCUUUCUCUUCACUGAUACUCUCGGAGAUCCCAUGUGCAGAAUCCGCAAUAGCCCCCUCUACCUUAUGACUGCCGGAUUACAGUGUUGUCCACUAAUAUUAAUAUAUAUUCACCAUACUUUAGAACUGUUGGAUCGAUACAUAAUGGACAAAAGAAACGUAACGGUGCAGGUGGCGGAGGUCGGGAACGAGCUGGUGGGUUCAGUACAAGGGUCAAUAAAGCAAGCGACGGUCCACGAGAACUUAGCCAUGGUUGGGUACGUUCUUGGGCUGAGAGUUGCGCCGCCGCAUCGCCGCCGUGGCAUUGGGUCGGUUCUGGUGAAAAAGAUGGAGGAGUGGUUCGCUUUACACGGCGUCGCCUACACCUACAUGGCCACUCAGAAGAACAACGUCGCUUCUCUCAAUCUCUUCGUCGGAAAACUCGGCUACGUCCCAUUCCUAUCGCCGGCGAUCUUGGUCAACCCGGUCAACCAUUCCCGUCCUCUCAAAUUGCCUUCCGGUAUCGCCAUACGCAAGCUAAAGGUGGACGAAGCCCAGUCGCGGUACCAAACCCAGAUGGCGGCGACGGCGGAAUUUUUCCCGGACGACAUAGACAGAAUCCUGAGGAACAAGUUAAGUCUUGGAACAUGGAUUGCUUAUUACAACACGAAGGAUGAUGAUAAUGUCGGGAGCUGGGCAAUGCUAAGUGUUUGGAACAGCGGAGAAGUGUUUAAACUCAGGAUUGGUAAGGCUCCUUUGGGUUGUUUUUUUCUCACGAAAGGCUCCAACUUUCUCGGAAAAUAUCUGUCGUGUGUGGGCUUAACUGCGCUACCAGAUCUGUUUACUCCGUUCGGGUUCUAUUUCGUGUACGGAGUUCAUACGGAAGGUCCGAAUCCCACGUGCGGGGAACUCGUUAGGGCUUUGUGUCAGCACGUGCACAACAUGGCGGCACGUGAUUGCGAGUGUAAGGUCGUGGUGGCGGAAGUUGGUGGAAAUGGAGAUGGUUUGAGGAGAUAUAUUCCACAUUGGAAAUCGUUGUCUUGCGACGAUGAUUUGUGGUGCAUAAAAACGAUGAAACACGAUGUCGAGAAGGCGGAAUUCGGCGAUUUCACAAAGAAAUUCUCGACGAGAACGAGGACGCGAUCUCUAUUCGUGGAUCCACGGGAAGUGUAGUGAGAUCGGUAUAUACGCAAUUCCAUUCUCUUCCCACCCUUUUGAUACAAUUCAUAUAUUAUAGAUUUUAAAUACCGGGUGAUUAAUUUUUAAAUUUGUAACUUUUCCCACACACGUGUGAAAUUUUAACUUAGCUAUGGUUUUGCGUGAUAAAUAAUAAAUAUAUGAACCGUUUGAACUGUAAACCUAAUCAACCCGUUACGUGAAUUAGGGUUCUUAAACCCGAGUUUCUGUAAUUGUAGAAGACGCUGAAUAUGAUAUGCAUUUACAAUUUUGUAUAUAUUCCCUCUCUUGUAAGGUUGAUCUCACGCGCACUUGUGUUUUUUUGUUGAUAGAAACAU